CCACAGCCUGGGUAUGACUGCUGCUGCUCUGACGGACACAGCUUCAGGAAGAGCCGGGGAGGAGCUGCUGGUGCCGCACAUAGCAUCUUCUCAGCAGAGGGAAGGCCAGGCUGAGCAUUAGCUGCUUCUCAGGACAGUGUAAAUGCCUUGGUGGAGAUGAGUGUGAAGGCUUUUGAGCUUGUCCCCGCAGUGGAGCGAGAGCUCCUGAUGGGCGACAAGGCUCGCAUCAACAUCGAGUGUCUAGAAUGCUGUGGGAAGCACCUGUAUGUGGGCACCAAUGACUGCUUCAUCCAUCACUUCCUGCUCGAUGAGGUCACUACCUCCAAAGGUAGAUUGACUUACUCGGCUCAGAAGCUGCUGCACAAGUACCUGGGCCUGAAGAAACCUGUUGCUGAGCUGCGGGCUGCUUCAGCCUUGGAGCGUCUGAUAGUACUUUGCGAUGGAAUAGUGUUUCUUGUCGACAUGGUCACACUGGAGACUGUGCCCUCUGCGGCUGGGGGUGGAGCCAAGAUCAAAGGUGUGACAGCUUUCUGCAUGAACGAGAACCCUGAUGGUGAUCCGUUCUGUGUGGAAAUGGGUGUAUCUCGUCCAGCGCCGACAGUGCAGAUUUACAUGGUGUACGAGGACAGGGUACAACUGGUGAAGGAGGUGACCACGCCCGAAGCACAACCUGUGCUGUAAGUUGUAUGGCUACUUCUUGUGCUGGCCCUCACCACACAGUACAUGAUCCUAAACUACAGCACAGGAGCCGCCCAAGAUCUGUUCCCUAUACAACAACGAGGACGGAGGCCCAUCGUCAAGAGGAUUGGCAGGGAGGAGUUCCUCUUGGCUGCUCCUGGUGGUCUUGGAAUGUUUGCCAAUGCAGAGGGGGUAUCCCAGCGGGCCCCGGUGAACUGGUCAGAGAGCGUGAUUGGUGCGGCUGUGUGCUUCCCUUACGUGGUGGCUCUGGAUGAGGGAUUUAUCACCGUCCACAGCAUGCUGGAUCAGCAGCUGAAACAGACCCUCUCGUUCAGGGACGGCCACAUUCUACAAGACUUCGAAGGGAAGGUGGUUCUGGCUUCCACAAAGGCAGUGUAUAUUCUGGUUCCCUUGCCUCUGGAGAGACAGAUCCAGGACCUGCUGGCCAGUCACAGAGUGGAGGAGGCACUCACGCUCACAGAAGGAGCCCAGAGGAAUAUUCCCAAAGACAAGUUCCAGGUAACAGAUUUGCACAAAAGAAUCCUACAGCAGGCCGGCUUCAUACAGUUUGGCCAACUUCAGUUUCUAGAAGCAAAAGAACACUUUAGGAAGGGUCAGCUGGACGUGCGGGAGCUGAUCUCUCUCUACCCGUUGCUGCUGCCUGCUUCCUCUUCGUUCACACGCUGUCAUCCUCCCCUCCAUGAAUUUGCUGAUCUGAACCACCUGGCACAGGGUGACCAGGAAAAAGUGCUGCGAUGCAAGAAGUUCCUAAUCACGUAUUUAGGAGAGGUUCGGAGCACAGAAGUGGUCAAUGGCUGCAGAGAGGAUGUGGACACUGCACUGUUAAAACUGUACGCUGAACAGGACCAUGAUAGCCUGCUGGACCUGCUAGCCUCUGACAAUGCCUGCCUGCUUGCAGACAGCAUCCCCUGGUUGGAGAAGUACCACAAAUAUUUUGCACUUGGACUCCUCUACAAUUAUAACGGCCAGGACUCGGCAGCACUGCAGCUAUGGAUUCGUGUGGUAGAUGGAGAUCUGCAGGACUCCACAAGAUCUGACCUAUAUGAGUAUAUCGUGGACUUCCUGAGCUUCUGCUCAAACGUUGACCUGGUGUGGAAGUAUGCAGACUGGGCCUUGCGGAAAGAUCCCACCAUAGGUGUCCAAAUCUUCACCAAGAGGCCUACCACUAAAGAUCAGUCAGGUGUAUUGAACCCUGAUGAUGUCAUCACUUACCUUGGAAAGCACAGUCAGGCCCUGCUCCUCUACCUGGAACACCUCGUGCUGGAAAGACGGCUACAGAAGGAGAAGUUUCACACACACCUAGCUGUGUUGUACCUGGAGCGGGUCUUGUCACUGCUGUCCCAGUCUCCAGCAGAUGAAGAGCAGGUGACCAGAGGUCGGGAGAGGCUCCAGGCUCUGCUCAGGGAGUCCAGCUUGUACCGAGUACAGUUUCUCUUGGGUAAGAUAGAGACCUCUCAAGAGCUGCUGCUAGAGCGUGCGACACUACAUGGAAAACUGGAGGAGCAUGAUAAGGCACUGCACAUAUUGGUGCACCAGCUCAGAGACUUCGGCUCCGCUGAGGCCUACUGUUUAUGGGCCUCUUCCUCUCGGGACUCUACUUACCGUCAGCGGUUGUUUCACCUUCUCUUGGGGGUGUAUCUGGACAGGAACCUCCCAGCAACAGCCCAGUCAGCGGGUGGUGGUGGUGGUGGAGAGCUGGAGAUGGCAGCAGUGGACCUGCUGAAUCGUCAUGGCGAGGUGUUUGACGCAGUCCGUGUACUGAGCAUGCUCCCUGAGGGCUGGUCACUGCAGCUACUGAGACCCUUUCUAGGUCGUGCCAUCAGGGCCAGUAUGCACGCCUGCCGCACCUCCCAGGUCGCUCUAGGGCUGGCCCGCUCUGAAAACCUGCAGCUACUGCAUGACAGGUUGAAAGAGCGGAAAAACCCAAUCUUUGUGUCUGAAAAGAAGGGAUGCCACCUGUGCCACAACACCUUCAGUGAGCCUGACGUAGUAUGUAUGCCAGGCGGAGUUCCUGUCCAUACACACUGUGUUGCCCAGAGAAUUAGAGACUCUCCCACGAAGAGACAGUUAACCAAUAGCAGUAACCAUACAUGAGAAUUCACCGUCCGAGCUUCGCUGUGGGACGCUGUGACUGGAGGCACGAAACAAAGGCACGACAAGUUGAGUUUGAGGAUGGCUGAGGAUCGGGGGGUAACAAAAAGCACAGAAAACCAAUUGCCCCUUGUAGAAACGGCUCUGGAGGUUAAUGAGAAACAAAGAAAGCUGGGAGUGUAUGUGUGUGAAAGCGAGAGAGUAACAGUGUACAAGAAACAGAUGAUUUCAGCUAUUUAUUCCUCUGUCACACUUUCAAACUGUGAAUGAUGAGAGAAGUAACAAAAACAAGUCAAGUACCAUCCCCUUUAAUCCAUCUGCACAACAGCAAAGAGAUGAGUAAAGCCAAGCCAGGCUUCUGUGCUUACCUGUGGGUUCAGUACCUGUUCUCGUCUGUGCUAAUACAGAUCCAAACCUGAAUCUGUACUGAAAUAAACUGUUUGGACUACAGAACAUACAUAAAUACAUGGAUCAGUUGCAAAUAGUUCUGAAGCAUGGAUAUUAUUACCACUCUCACCAUAUGGUCCUUGUCUAAUGAACUGGUCUAAUCUACUGGUAUUGUAUUCAUAUCGCUCGACCUUGCACAGACACUGUUAUGUAUUAAUGUGAAAUACUGGAAAGAUGCAUUGGCAUUCAUGGAAAUGGAGCCUGCAUUAAGUCUCUCUGACCUUGAGAUCUGGUUUCACUCUUCUACCCAAGUCAGCUCUUUUGUUUUCACAUCACCCUAAGAGCGAAUGAUAUUGUUUUCACUUUAUCUGUGGGGUGACUUACUGACAGCAAACAGAGCCAAGUCCAUUUAGCUUUGAAUGUCCUGCUAACAAGGGUAUAAGCUAUCUAUCUCAGUGUAAAGUGUGAGCAGCAACAGUAGUGUGAAACACUAUAUUAAAGCAUACAUUGUUCCUGUGAUCAUGGUCAAGUCCAAUUGGGGGUUUGGAUAAAUGCUCAAAGUGAUGAAUGAUGAAACUUUAGUAGUAGUGUGAAACAUGAUAGGAAAUGUUACAGCACAGUUAUAUGGCAGCAGAUAAUAAAAAAAAAAAUCAGAUCCUGUGAAAUUAAGCUGUAUAAACUUGUCUUGGUUUUGAGUAACAAAUGUAAACAAUAGAUUUUACUUGUCAUGAAUCGGUACAGAUCAGUAAGACCAGCUGCUCAGCCUUUCAUCACAGAUCCAUUUUGUGAAUCUAAAGACUGGGGCACAAUCACUGUGUUACAGAAGUUAUUGAUUUUGAGGCCUCCUCCUAAAAGAUGUCACAUUUUAUUCCUUCUUCUCCUCUCACCUUUCCUGUCGCUCAUCACUCUGCCAUUCAGCAAUAAAAUAGAGUUUAAAUUGGUUUAGCUACCCUGGGCCUGGGUUAAAAGGAAAGAUGGUGACAGUCAAAGUGAAAUAGAAUGGCUAACUCUCUGAAAAGACUAGAAAAAUGUUAAUUCUUUGUAUCUGUUGUUAGCUAUACAUUCAUAAUUUCUCUGUGUUCAAAAGUGAUAGUAAAAAAAAAAAAAAAAUCUUGCUGAUGGCCUAAGCUAUUAUGUGAUCUGCCCUGACUCCAUGCACUAAUCAAAACAAACCUAACAGUUAUAUAACUUAUGACACAAUAGUUUAUAACUUUUAGGUUGUGAAAUUUACAGAGAUACAAUUGCAUUAUUUAUGCCCAGCUUCUUCUGGCCAAUUUGAAAAUAAAUAUACUUACACGCCACAGUAACUCAGCUAUGGUAGAUUUACACCAAAUUUCAUGAUUAUCAGAUUGAAUUACUAGGUAAUGAAUAAGUGUUCAAGAAAUUUGUCACCUCAUAGUGAGUGCAUAACAAUUAAAGUGGUAAAAAAUACUUUAUGCUGGUCUUUGGUCUAAAAAAUAAAUCUUGCUGUAUAUGCUAUACUGAUUUCAGUACUAGAGCACCCAUGAUGCCGAUUUUAUACUAUGAUUCUGACCUUUCAAUCGUAAAAAUAAUAUUUUAUGUGAAAUUGAGGUUAACCGUCUGCAAUUAUUUUGAACCCUUGAAAAUCUUUGAGAGGCUUGCCAUCACAGAUCAUGAUUUGGUCCUCAGUGCUUUCAAAUCUCUCUCCCGGAGGGAAGUAGUAGUUACAGUCAUGUAGUCAGGGUGUCAUCAGCUGUGUAAUUGACAGAAUUGGGGAUUUUAUUCUGAAAUGUGAUUCUCUACAAAAAUCGUUGUAGUUGGUAAAGUGAUGAGAACAGCUCUCAAACUGAGCUGCUCAAGAUAGUAGGAGAACCCUAAAAUAUGUAGUGUAGAGAAUUUUCUUGUCAGCGGAAUAAGGAAAAAUCCUGACAAAAUCAAAGCAUGGUUAUAUGUCUGUGUAACAUUGGUGUCAUGCAGAAUAGGACAAAUUUUGAUAUGCUCACCUUUCCUCCAUAAAAUUGGUGUGUGCUUCAUCAGUUUGUCUUUUUGGUCGGCACAUGCAUGAAUGUUUCCAGUCUCUGGUCUAUGAAUUGUGUCACUGUCUGAUUCUUGUGAAAGGAGCCUGUUGUGAAAAUCAAACAUAGGAAAAAUAAUCUCGAUUACCCAAACUGUUCUAGUGACAGCAAAUCAGAAGACAAGAAACUGUCAUUGAUGCUUUCACACUACAAAUUGUACCAACUCUAUGUCCCAGCCAAGCCAAAUCUGAGUCAGUGCAGCUUCAGCCCAACCUUGGAAGUCAGUGAGGAGUCAUAUCAAGCAUAAAUGCAUGGAGAAACAUGUUCAGUGAAUGCACAACACAGCGUGUGAAAUAGAUCACUAACACAAAAGAAAUUACAAAAACUUGGAGAAUGAAGCUUGUCGGCACAGUUGUUCAUCUUUGAACCAAACUACAACUGUCCAAUCCUUGCUUUUUCUAACACGUUGCUGUUGCAGGUUUUACUUGUUUCUGUGGUGCCUGUGCUGUUGAUGCUAGCCUUCUGUAAAUGCUACCCCUUUCUAUAGGGACCUUUGCGAAAAAUUUGGAUUAUUUUUCUAAGAUGGAAUUCAGAUUGUUGUAGAUAGGUCUGACUCACUGUUCAUUCAUCGUGACAGAAAUGCAUAGCUUAUGCACAACACAUUUCUGUCUGAAUAUUGUACAUGUAGCUUGCUGAAAAGCCCCAACCCUCCCCCAACAAUUACAACCAUGAAAUACAAUAAUUAAAAAAGGACCUUUGUGUGGAAAAAAAUAAAUCUCACUGUAUUUUAUAAAUAUAUGUAUACUGGUAUGUAUAUACUGUAUUUGUACCCGUUUGUUGCUUUGUAAAUUGAUGCCAAUGUGGAUGGAGUGUACAAACUGUAAAGCCGUCCCAUUUUAAUAAACAUGAACUGUAUGCUAACAAAAAAA